GCUGUAGGCGCGGACAUGUCGAUCCAGUCGUGAGCGGGUUGCGCAGUGUCCAGUCGUGCUUGUGUAGUGCUUGUAUGCGACUUCAGGAUUGGCUUGGCGGCGAAUCAGAGCGGUAGGUGUGGGAGAUGGGGGUCAAGACGGAAUGUUGAUCGUGCCAACUCUUGAAUCUAAUUACGCGCUCUUAUCCAAGCUUUACACUCGUGACUGCAGUUUGAAAUCACGAAGCGUGAAUGCGAAUCGAGCCGACAUGCAGCAACGCGCGCAGCUUCCUUUCUUCUCGUUUUCGAGGUCGCGGUCGCGGUCGCGGUCGCGGAUGUGGAGGACGCGGCGUGCGCACCUCGGAGUCGUUCGGGGUAUCUUACCCUUUUUUGUGACUGCGGCCUGGAUGAGAGAGGGGAUGCGCGGGUCGUGGCAGAGUGGCUGGUAGUCUGAGUCAUCGUCACAGUCACGAGUCAUGAGUCACGAGUGCCGAGAGGCGAGGGUGGAGUGUCGCGGAAAGAGGGACUUUGAGCAUAGCUAG